AUGACCCUAUUAGAUCCUAUCCCCGAUGAGAUUGAAAAUAGGGGAGACGAACGAAAAGUCACAAAAGAAAAGUUGGCACCCAGGUCGAGCCUACAAUUCAAGGUUGGCCCCCAGUUCUCACCAACAACCCAAGGUCUAAGCGCCCUCUACUCCACACACUCACCUCACAUACCUAUUGUUUCAAAAAUAUCCGCGAGAAUUGACCGAGGGUUUGAGAAGGAAGGGGAUGAGUGGAUUGGGUACAAGCGGAAUUACUUUACCCUCGUGUCAAGCUUUGAGUUUCCUUCAAUGUCCUUGAAAACAUUCCUCGAAACGGAGUUUUAUGUCGUUGAUAACUUUAAUAACGCCGUCGGGGUACGCUUCUUUGGACUCAAACUCAUCUCCACUUGCGUGGAAGACGGCACAUUUAUCAACUUGGUGCAACACACGGCCAAGAGGGACAGAGGACCCCAACAGGCUCCCCCAGUGUACCCAGCUGUCCCUGGGAAAUUACCCGAUCACGAGACGAUCAAGGAAGCGGCAAAUGUGAGAAACUCCUCCAAGAUCGAGAAGAUCAAUCGAUUGUUCUACCUUAGCGACAUGGAUUACCGAAACGGAGUUAGAAGCAGCGAUGAAACCAACUGUUUGAGAGGAUAUCCUACGAAUAUUAUUUCCAAGGUGGCUAGAUAUGAGAGAGUCCAGUUUUCUUCCUCCAUAAAUUAUCGAAAGCCCACCUCCGUGGUCAGACACUUCAAUCUAGUUGUUCAGUUGAUUGCUCACCUUGAAAAUGGGGUCGAUGUGGUGGUGGGAUUUAUUGAGUCGCCAUCCCUAAUAAUCCGGGGAAGGUCCCCAUCAAACUACCAGUCGAGUAAACAG